CAAACACAACUACGUUCCACCCAUCAUGCCUUUCCUUGAACUCGGAUACAAACGCCUCCACUACUCAGAUCUGAAACCGCAAGAUGGAAAUGCUCAAGAGACAUUCAUCUUCAUGCACGGGCUGGGCUCUUCGCAGAAUUACUACUCUGCGGUAACUCAGAGCCUGGUUGCAAACGGGUUCCGUUGCAUCACCUUUGACAAUACGGGAGCAGGACGAUCUACAUACACGUUUGUCGAGCAGAGUAUUGAGACUCUGGCAGAAGAUACUAUAGGGGUUUUGGACGCGUUGAAAGUCGAGAAGGCUGUGUUCGUCGGACACAGUAUGGGAGGUAUCGUAGGCGCACACCUCGCGGCUGAGCGAAGCGACCGCAUCGUAGCAGCUGUGUUGAUCGGCCCAGUCUAUCCCAACCCAGCCUCAGCCCCUCGCUUCCAAGAACGGAUAGAAAACGUGACAAAAAACGGUAUGCAACCCAUGGCCGACACCAUCCCCCAAGCUGCAGUCGGAAAGAAGGCGUCUCCACUUGUCAAAGCAAUGAUCCGCGAGUUGCUGCUGGCACAGGAUCCAGCGGGAUACAUAUCCAACUGCCGAGUCAUUGUCAAUGCAAAGCCGCCCAGGUACAGCAAGAUCAGCGUGCCUGUACUUAUCCUCGCUGGUGACGAGGAUAUGAGUGCACCGCUCGAAGGGUGUAAGAAGAUGUUUGACGAGAUGCAGCAUGGUGAGAAGAAGUUGGAGGUCAUGAAGGGGAUUGGGCAUUGGCACUGUCUUGAAGCGUUUGACGAAGUCGCGAAAUUGAUAGAGGGAUUUUAUCAUGAGAUACAGUAGAUUAUCCGUAAUGGUUAUUUCCGAUAAACCGCGGAACGGGGUAGUGGAGAAGGUUCUGUAUCCGUUCCAUCGCACAGGCCCCGUUACAGUACCUGCGAACGAGUCAACAGGAGCAGAACACCUGCCAUGUCAUACCGCCAUUUCUGAAAUGUUUCACGGGUGUGCGCAAUGUGAACUGUGGGGGAGUGAAGAGGGGUUCAUAGAGACACCACGUGCGAGCCGAUCUUCUAGACGGCAACCCUAGCGAUGGCUAGCGUGGCGGAAGCAAAAGGUGCAGGCUGCAGAUGCAGACUCAUCUCCGCGUGCGAGUAGAGCGCAGUUGGUGGUGUUGUGCCGCCGCAUGACAUGGUCAUUGGCGGCGUCCCUGGCCCGAUCAGCUGCGUUGGAUGUGGC